AUGUUCCUCCUCCUGCUCAGCAUAGGUUUGCUGUCGUCUUGGGAGGGCGGAAUACAAGCUCUUCCCUUGAAUGUCUUUCAUCCAUUAAAUCUACGAGCUGCAAAUAACGAUCCACUGCAGUGUAGUUGCCCGAACACCAGGAGUCUUCAGGAUAUUGUUUGGAGCUGUCUUGCCACCAUUUUUGUGUGUACGUGGGUGUCUGUACACCCUAACGUCACGCCUCCGGGAGAAAAUUGGUUUAAAAGAACUAUACGGCGUACAUGGCUAAUGUUCUGGGGUCUAAUAGGGCCGGAACUGAUUUUAUCAUGGUCUAUCAGACAAUGGAUAUCGGCACGAAGUAUCGCAAAGGAGUAUAAAAAACAUUCUUGGACAAUGACCCAUGCUUUUUUUCUUAUCAUGGGAGGAUUCGUUCUUUACAAAGGAGAUGAAGAUCUUGGAACUCUCACUGUGUCGUUAUUCAAAGAAUUGGAAGCUUCAAAUGAAAUCGAUUUUCCGGUAGUGACGGAAGAAGACCUAGCGGACAAGAGUAAAGGCGACUCCCUCAGCAAAGGGUUGGUAAUUGUGCAGACCACCUGGUUUAUGAUUCAAUGCAUUGCUCGCGCUGCCCAGGGCCUUGACAUCACUGAGCUUGAAUUGGUGACUGUAGCCUUUGCCAGCAUGAAUGCAGUGAUGUACUUCUUGUGGUGGCAUAAGCCUCUGGACGUCCAGUGCCGCAUUCGAGUCUAUCUAAAGCCGACGUCGGACUAUGCUCACAAAAAUGAGCUCAUUCGUGCGGAAGAAUUUCAAGUUUUAGACAAUCUCGAUGCCCAACACCUAGCAGACAUGAUGGGAAAGGUUGAAGGGGAUGAACAAAUUCAGCAGUCAGAAGUUUCCACAAAACCUUUGCUAAGACCCUUUGCAUACUGUGUUCGUCAAUCCAACACUAUUUUAACUGGAAUCCGUAAACGAGCUUCACGCUUCCUUUACCUGCUCCGACAGGAGUUUCGUAAAGCCAACGUCAUCGUCGUGAUACUCAUUCGAUGGCCGAUGAUUAUAUUAAUUUACCUUUUCAUCGCACCUGUUGCGGAGUUAUUUGGAACAGAUUCAAGUGAAGAAGAAAAGCCUGGAAGAGACACAGUCCCCACUUUCUACUCCCCUGCCAUGACUUAUCAAAGAUCUCAGCAUCUGACAUAUAUCUUCGGAUUCAGUGGAGCUGUAUUUGGGGCCAUACAUUGCAUUCCUUGGUCCUUCCAAUUUCCGACUUCUAUCGAGCAGACCAUGUGGCGCGUUCUCUCUCUCUUCAUAACACUUUGUCCCCUUCUCUUUGCUUUCUUGCAAGCAAUCGGCGUCGAGGAACGAAUAGACAACCUGAAGGUGACAAAAGCCAGCACAUUUGAUAAAGUAAUAGACUCGCUUGCCGUCCUCGUUACCCUUACCUCCAUGUGUUUUCUUCCGUUGUACGUUGUUGCUCGCCUCAUACUGUUGUUUGAGUCGUUUUACUUGCUUAGAGACGUGGGACCUAGUGGGUAUCUAGACAUCGAUUGGGGAAAUUUCAUUCCUCAUUUUUGA